UAUCCAGAUGGAUGCCCAUUUUAUUUGGAUUGUUUUCAUGGUAACGUCCGGUUGGUUGAGGGACAGUCAAGCUGAUUUUUGUACCCCAUCAUCAGUUUCGACUUACGAUUGCGUCUUUCCAGACGGAUUUGAGAAACAGGCUCGCUUUGAUUCAUGCAACCGAACCAAUACGUGUCUCAACCCAUUAUUGCCUACUGUGGCAACCGGGGAAUGCAACGGCGUAACGACACAGAUAUGCUCAGUGGUCCGAGCGCCAAAUGAUCCACCGCUGAAAGACGUAUGUUCAAGUUCUCCCUGCAAAAACGGCGGAAAAUGCAUAUCUCAACGAGAGGGCGUCCUGUGCUGUUACUGUAACCCAGCAACGCCUCCGGAUUCCGGCCAGGCUUGUUAUGACCCUGCGAUAAUAAAUGUCUCGUCCAGAACACCCUGUGCUGCAGAUGACGGUGCACCACCAACGAUAGAUAGUUGCAACGAUGUGAGGACGAAUAAAGUUGUAGUGAGCGAUAUCAUCUCAGACCUUGACGUCACAGCUACCGAUAACGUUAUGAACUCCUUGCCCAUACAUUGCAUAGAGACUAGUGGUGCAUUACAUCUUACAAGCAACGAGACCACUUUCAACUGCACAGCAACUGAUACGGCUGGAGGAGAGACUACCUGUACAUUCAACGUUGUCUUUGAUCAACAAGCACCUGUGAUCGACAAUUGUCCUUCGGAUGUAAGGACCAACAACGCUCAGGCAAGCUGGACACCAGAUCCUACAGCUACCGACGAUGAUGGGACCAAUCUUGAAGUUAACUGCAUUCCAGCCGCUGGUAGUUCAUUUCCAGUGGAUGCAACUACAAAUGUUGUUUGCAAUGCGAGUGAUGCUGCUGGAAAUGAGGCCAUCUGCACUUUUAAUGUAACUAUAGCGGAGUCGAUCACGUGCCCUACCGACUAUUGCCAAAAUGGCGGGGAAUGUCUGCGGGAAGGAGCAGUGCCAAGGGUCCAGUUCUCCUGCAAUUGUUCUGCUGGAUUCACCGGUGAUGUUUGCCAGACAUCAAUAAAAGGUACUCCCCUUGCCGCCAUUCUGAUCCCGGUAAUAGCUCUCGUCUGCCUACUUGUGAUAAUUGGGGUCUGCACGAUGACAAAAGCUGGGUACAGACACUCGAAGCAACCCGCGGCACCCCCGGAACUAAACCUGAUGGAGUAUGACACAGGGGAGCGUCUGUACCGCACAUAUCACGGCAGGUCUACUCACGAGUUACGGUUCUCUCAUCUCGGCGGACGACUGGCGGUCAAUCAUCUCGCUUACAUCAAUCGACAGGAGAAUUUUUAAGCGCGUGUUCCCAUCCAAACAAUGUUCUCUUAUGCUAUGUCACAGGAGAGAUUAGUAGAAUCCACUGAAUUAUUGGCAGAGGGUUUGACAUGGGCGUCGCCAGGAUUUUUUCUAGAGGGGGG